AUGGCGAAAAAGAUUCUCGCGCUGGAUCCAGUGGAUUCAAUUACAGCGCCAAGUCUGAUACAUCGCCUAAGAGUUCCAUACUCAUAUCUGUGGUCGCCUGCAUUACUCCCCAAACCUCGCGACUGGAACGACGAUAUCGAUAUCUGCGGUUUCAGCGUCCUCCCUUCCAAAUCUGAUUUCAAGCCCCCAAAAGAGAUUGAAGACUUUCUGAAAUCCGGGUCAACGCCAAUAUAUGUUGGAUUUGGCUCUAUUGUCGUGGAUGAUCCUAUAAGGUUGACCAACAUCGUUUUCGACGCGCUCAAGCAGGCUGGCCAACGAGCGAUUGUUUCGAAGGGGUGGGGAAACCUUGGAGUUGACAGUGUCGAAGUCCCGGAUAAUGUUCUCAUAAUUGGAAGCGUUCCGCACGACUGGCUGUUUCGGCAUGUCUCAUGCGUCAUUCACCAUGGCGGCGCGGGUACAACUGCUGCGGGACUUUCUCUCGGGCGUCCAACCAUCAUCGUUCCUUUCUUCGGUGAUCAGCAAUUCUGGGGAGGAAUCGUCGCGGCCGCUGGAGCUGGCCCGGGGCCGAUUCCUCACAAACAACUGACGGUUGAAAAGCUGAGUAGUGCGAUAAAGAUGGCUCUAGAGCCAUCCACCAAGGAAAAGGCUCAGAUAAUUGCCGACAAGAUGCAGAAAGAGUCUGGCGUGCGAGACGGGGUGCGCAGUUUUCACCGACAUCUGAAUCUCAAGUCUCUGAGAUGCGCAGUUUGUCCAUCUCGUCCUGCUGUUUGGCACUUGAGACACACGGAAAUUGGCUUGAGUGCAUUUGCUGCCACGGUUUUGGUCGAGAUGGAGAAGAUCAACGCACGGGAUCUUGUGUUAAAUCGGGCGUCUGAGUACGAUACUUGGCGUGACCCCGCUGGACCAUUGAGCGCAGGAGCGCAAGUACUUGUCGGCGCUAUUGCAAACUUCAUCACUGGAAUUGGUGAAGUGCCGUAUGACAUGGCGACUGAUCUCAUCUCCGCCGGUCGCGCCAUUGGGCAUCCAGGCAACUCCGAUAUUGAUGAUCCUAGAAGGGUCGCAUGUGCAUGGAAGCGCCAGCGAAGAAGCCAAGAGUCCAGCGAAGAGAGCGAAGAAGAGCAGUAUCACGAGACCAAUGAGUACCACCAUACCGACGAUUCAAAUGACGAAGAUGACAAUAGCCUUGAGGAAGAUCACGACUUGAGCGGAGUUUCACCUGUAACAAGUUUGGAAAGGAGACGCAGUCUACAACUGGAGAAAUCUCCAACAAUGGACUGCAUAAAAAAACCAGUGAGACAGAAUAGCGCUUUUACUGAAAUGCGCAGCCACAGCAGUCGGAUGUCGUUGAAAUUCUUAAAAACCGUCAUCUGGCUUCCUACAGAUCUUACUCUCAGUUUAUCAAAAGGCUUCCACAAUGCGCCCAAAUUGUACCAUGAUCGCAUGGUCAAAUCAACCCCAAAGGUCAUCGGCUUUCGCAGCGGCGUAAGGGCUGCAGGUACGGAAUUGCGAGAUGGAUUCUACUACGGUGUCACAGGGGUGGUUACCCAGCCACGGUACGGCCUAAAACAUCAAGGUGCAAAAGGCAUGGCCAAGGGAAUUGGAAAGGGUCUCGGAGGUGUUUUUCUCAAGCCACCUGCAGGUCUCUGGGGACUUUUCGGUUACCCCUUGAUUGGACUUCGCAGAAGAUUGCAAAUAUCUUUGGGCAAAAAGCAGGAGAAUGCCAUUGUAGCAUCUCGAAUAACCCAAGGGCUUGAGGAAAUGCAUGAAUCCUCAGCUGAAGAGCGGAUGGAAGUUGCUCGGAAAUGGCAACUCUUGGAAGAAGACCUGCGGGUUUCAUACUAA